AUGAGAAAUCAUGACUAUGAAAUGGGAAAGUCCUCUCCACCUAUCAUUAGACUCAACUAUGAAUCUAUAUAGAGCAUUAAAAAGUUGGAGUAAGAGAGAAAUAGUCGUUUUUAUAACCCUGAUACUCGCAAAACUUCAUAAUCUAAGCCAAAUUUAUUCAGUCUUGAUUCUCAUAAGAACCUGAACAACAUCUCAACAGAUUCAAAUAGAUAGUUAAAGUUGAAUUAUUAAAGAGAAUACAGAAGCAAGAAUAAAGACGCAGAAAAGAAUUUUAUAUAGUAGUAAUUUGCAAAUGUGCUUGAUGAACUGAAGGAAGAGUUGGAUGAGUAAGAGAAGUUGAAGAUAGAUAUUCACUAACCAAACUUCUUUAUGAAGUAAACCAAAGUCCAUGUGAUUAAUCUUAGCCAGUCUCAAGAGGAUUCACCCCAGAAAUCUGUCAAUCAAAAAGAUAAGAGUUCCAUUAUGAAAAUAAAAGUAGAAGAAAAGCUACCAGAGUAGCAGUAGACUAUAGUCAAGAGGCAGAUUAACAGUAAGAGUUCAGAGAACCUGAGCAAGGUCAACUGGAAUAGAAAGUUACACUAAGAAAAGGAUUUUGAGAGAAUGCUGACUGAUAUAGAUAUAGAAGAUGAUGAUCUUAAGGGUAUAGUAAAUGAGUUAGACAGGCAUUUUCAGAUUAAUAAGCUUGCUAGCAAAAAUAGAACUAUUAAGAUAGAAAGUAUUAAUAUAGAUAGAGAAACUUAAAUUAAAUUGCUGAAAGGCUCUACUGUUGUUUAGUCACCUCCCAAACUAACUAUCGAAACGCCUAAAAAGAAUCAUAGUCCAGUAAAGGUGAGCUUGAAUAUGCAUAGACUCCAAAAAGCCUAAAAUAAGGUGAUAUUAGCAAGCAAAAUAACUUCAAAAGAUAUCAAUCAUCCUCCUCCACCAAUUAUUGAUACUUUAUCCAACAAGAAAAAAAUGCUGACUUAAAAAUUAUCUCAGGCUAUCAAGGUCAAAGUAAAAAUGGCUACUUCAUAGAAUAGCAGUUCAGGAGGAAUCGGUGCCUCCAGUACAGGCAAGAUGUCGCUAUAUGACAAGCUAAGAUUCUCUGAAUUCAAGAAUGAGAAAGAUUACUGCAGAUUCCUUGAUAUCAUGAUCAAACCAACUUUAAUAAUCUAAAAGCAGCAGACAAAUCCAUCAACUACAGAUAAUUUCAUAUUCCAAUCAAAAGCUUACUAUUCAUAGAAGAAAUAAGAACAGCUGGAUCAUUCUAUUAUAUGGGACGAGAAGUAAUUAAAGCUUAUGAAAGAUUAAUUGCAAGUUGUGUCAUUAGAUCCUAAAACAACUCCUCCUGGAAUCAAUAAAUAAAACAGCGGAAGUAGCAAUAGUGAUGAUUAGAGAUUAAACCUAAAUAAAAUACUUACAAUUCAGCUCUCUAAUAUUGAAAAAAUUGAGAGCAUCCAUCUAAGCAAUGCCUUAUCAUAAAGAACUAAUUAUGCAAGCAAUAAGAAUAUAAAACAGAAAAAAUAUACUUUCAAGAUUUUGCUUAAAACUCCCCUAAAUAAAAACGAGUUUAAUGACUCUCAACUCAGCAUUCCAAGUCUGAACAAGCAUCUUUAAUAAAAUUUCUUUUGCCAAUUAACUCAAACAAGAAAUAAGUAGUAGCAAUCAAUAGGUAAGAGAGAAUUCUAAACAUCUUCAAGAUUGAGCAAAGCCUCUUUCAACGGUUCUAUUGAUAUAGAAGGUAUUCAAGCUGUUGACUCAUCAGAUUUCUGCACCAAUACAGUCAUCUUGAACAAUGAAGAAGACUUGAAAUCAGUGCUCUCGAGUGAAAUGAACAGUAUAAAUUUGAACAAAGAAGAUAUCAUGAUGAUGGAUAUUGAUACUCAGAGCAUUCAGCAAAAGAUGCAAGAAAGAAUCAGUAUCAAUAGAAACUUAUUUAAUAUGGAAUCAAUAAAUUCUUUCAGAUGUUCUAUUAAUUCACAAUAGCAAUAGGAGUAGCAAUUAUAAUAGUAAUAGAAAUAAUAAAAUCCAGAAGAUAACUAUGUUGAGCUAGGUUGUGAUGAUGAAAUAUUGUGUAAGAAGUGGGUGGUUCUUAUAAAAUGGAUGUUGAAUAAUAACGCCCAAUGA